AUGGGGUCUGCAAGGGAACCAGGAGAUAGUGGCGCCGCGCUGCCUGUCCCUGCGUUCCCUAUCGCGUAUCACGAUGACCAGCACCUCUUCCCCUCUUUGCUCCCUGAGAUCGAGGCGCGGCUGCCUCUGGAGUCGGUCUGCAUCCGGUGUCCUUUGUCUCCAAGUGUCCCUCUCCAGUGCAGUGGCCUUCGGCUGGAGUUUCUGCCCCACAAUGGGCCUCGUGGCGACGGGCUCCUGCAAGCGGCUGCGGGCAGCGCUUCGUCUUCAACUUCCUCUCUCUCUGCUCCCUCUGUGGCGAUGAAGGCGGCUCUCGCCUCCAUCGCCGGAGUCGCCGCCCAUGUCCCCAUUGGCGGAGGCACGACCGCCGUUGCAGGGACAACUGUCUUGAGCGGCGCCUCCGCCGGGACGGGGACGAGUGGAGAUGGGGCCUCUCGACCUGCAAAUGAAGCGCAUGCGGACCGCCCUUUCGUCUACCUGCAGAUUCUCCACCUUGAGGGAAUGGAAGACUACAAAACCCACCAUCGAAGAAUGUUGAAGGCCUGGGUGGACGGCCUGACGGAGCAACAUGAAGAGUGGCUGGUACUCUACGUCACGCCGUUCACCGAGAGCGACUCGCAGAACAAGUCGUUCAAGAAGCUGCUCGAUAAACUGCGGAGUGAUUUGAAUACCCAAGGAUCCCGUAGCAAGGAACGAUUUCUGCGACUCCCCACAGACGCAACGGGCAAAUUUACAAACUGUUCGGCCUUUCAAGAUCUCUGGAAUAUCUUUAUGAUUCGCCUCAAAGAAACGUUGGUAGCUGCCAUUGAGACGCGCUACAUUCAGUUAGAGGACGACAUUCAGCGCCACAGUCAAAUGCAGGAACCUCGUUUCUGCCCUCUGUUUGUGGCCAAAGAGAAUCUUGCGCUUCUCCAUGAACGCUGCAACCGCCUGGAGGAUGCCUUGGCAGUGUACGAUACGAUGGAUCUUGGCAGCACGAGUCGCCACAGCUCCGCUGUCGACAUCAAGCAAUGCCACAGUUUGUUUAUUUCUUUUGGCUUCGAGACGCCUGAGGACGAGGUUCCUGUCUUCUUCGACCCCGUCCGCCUCCGGCUUCUCCAGGCCCGUGUCCGAAACGACACCAUCUCCUACGUCCAGUUUCGCCAGUAUCUGUUUGCCAAGCAAGCUGACCUACUUGUGCGGCUGCGCCGUGCCGAAGAGAUGAGCGCUCGGGGAGUUGAGAUGACCUCGUCACUGCACAAGGAAAUAGUCGCUGAAGGCUUCGCCGUCGCCGGCCAUGUCUGGGCCUUCCUCGCUUGCGUGAACCUCGCACACUUCAUCGUCACCAAGUCCAUGGUUUCCCCCGGGUGUUCUUCCACUGUGUCGAGUGAGGGCCCGUCUCGGGCCUCUUCUCAACCCAGCGCAAGCAGGUCGCCGCGAGCGCCCAGCAGCAUGAGGAGCGGCCUGCUUCCUCUGAAACGUCCUGGGUUUGCGGUCACUCGAACUCUCCAUCGCCUCACGCCUCCCCAGUUUUCUCUGUCCCCCACGCGACGGCAACAGGCACAGCGGACGUCUUCCCAGGAAGGGACUGGGAGCAGCAAAUCGGCGCUGUCGUCUCCAGCGUCCCCGACUCUAGCGGGCUCCAAGAAUCGGCUCUCGGGAGGCGAUGGAGUCCCAGGCGAGCCGGGCCUCGAAACGGUGCGAGGGCAUGAAGCAGGGGGCCUGGGACUCCCCGGGACAGUUCCCGCCUCGCAGGCCCGAAACGCGGCGCACCUAUAUGCCUACGGAGCCCAGCAGCUUCAGCGGCUUAUCGCCUGGAGAGAGAGGUCGCGGUGGAGUCUCCCACUUUUGGAUUUUCCUCUGGAUGCGUCAGGAGAUCACAGUGAGACCCGUGGGUCGCCAGGACCCUUUUCCGGUGACAUCGCGGCAGGGGAAGCCAGGAAACAUGAGGCUGAGGUGAGGAAGAACACCGAACAGGGAGCGUUAGACGAGCGAAACGAACCGGGGGAGGAGCGUGCUUCUUCACGAAGAGAUACACCUCGUCCGUCGCGGGUGGCUUCGGCUGUUGUUCUGGGGGAAGUGGAGAAGAUGCGCGAGGAGACCGGAGACAGUACGACGCAGCGAGAAACGCGGGGCUUUGUGCGAAGCGCCAGCAGCCCCUCUGCGGGGUGGGUGACACCCAGGACAGCGGACGAAGAGGGAAACGCGCCCCCGGUGUCUUCUUUCUCUCUGCCCUGGUGGCUGUGCACCAAGGGGGAACUGUUGGAGGAGCUACAGCGUCUCUCAGAUGCAGAGGAGCUCCUCGUUCACGUUUUUGUCUUAGCAGGCCAACAGUAUGUGGCCUGCGGGUAUUUUAGGCAUGCCGCACGUUUGCAGUUCAAACUCGCUUCAGCGCAUUUCAAGAGAGGCGACUUCGAAGAAUGCAGAAAGUCCCUGGCCAAGAUGCUACCGUUGUUCGUCAAGGAACCGUGGACAGCGCUCUGGGUUCAAUGCCAGCAGCUUAUGGCCGAAGCUGACCGCGGUCUCGGCGACGCCGAUGCGCUGUCUUCGUCCUAUUUCCUCUCCAAUGUCAACGCUGUCCCCAACCCUCCGUUUUUCUCCUGGCGGCGCUCCCACGCGCUCAGUGCUUCGAAAUAUGUCAGCCGAAAGGCGGAAACUCGAGCCCGUUUUCCAUCGAGUGGGGAGGAAAGAGAGAAGCGUGAAGAGGGCGAGGCAGACAGCGGUGACGACGCGCUGCACAGAGUGCGUGACGUCUCCGCUGCCGGAGCCGAGACGGAGUCUCUCCUCCCCCCUCAAGUCUAUCUGCAGCGGUUCGUUUCUCUGGCCCGAAGUCAGGCAGGACUGCACUGCGUUCUCUCCGACGACGGAGACGGGGUGGAGCGUCCAUCCCUCUCGUCCGGCUCGCUACGGGAGAUGUCAAGUGGGGAAACGAGGAGGGACGCGAGCCUACCGCAACUUAACCCUGUCGGACUUCCUGCAAGCGCGGCUCCCACCUCGUGCCUCAAGUCGCCUUCUUCGUCAAUGGAGCAGUUGAAGGACCCCAAAGAAAGUGGAAUGGAUGCCGUCUUGGAGAGGAGAAGAAGAGGCAACCGUUCGUUAACUCGGUCCGCGACCUUCAUGGCAACUGCGUGGCUCGGGCCCGACGUCCCUGAACUCCUCAGAAAAGAGGGGCAGAUCUACAUUCGAGCGGCGCCAAACCUGUUCUGUUGGGGAGCACUGAAGCCUGCCCUUGUUGGCCUGCACAGUGAACACGUGAGGGAGCAAGUCCGCAGGAUGCGCCCGGCUCUGUCCCUCGCCUCCCUCCCGCAGACGGGGCAGUUGGAGGCGUUCCUUUCUUCCUGCCAGGGUCUCGUUCCGUCGUACGGUCCCGAUGACACUCCCUGCACAGUUCCAUUUGUGACGCCGACGGCCGCGACGAGCACGCAUCAAGGCCUUUCUUCGAGGGCUUCGGGGGGCUUCGCGGCGGCUUCGAAUCCUUUCGCAGCUGUUCUGAAGGCGUCUCUGGACGGCAGAACAGUAGGAUCUCACAACUCUUUCUUCCAUCCGACUCCACGGCACCUGGUGCGCGGGGCGGAGGCGAGCGAGGAAGCGACCGACACUCUGUCCACGGCUUUUCUGUCUGGAAGCUCCAUCCGAGGUGGGGCGGCGUCCGUCGCUUCGCAUCCUGGGGGAGUCUUGGGGAGUGUCGACCAAGAGCUCUUAGAGCAGGCAGUUAUCCGACAGCUUGUCGACCUCAUUCCGCUCUACCGGCUUCCCUGCCACCCAGAGUUGGAGCCUCAGAACGCCUGUCUCCUCGCCUAUGCGACGACCCUCGAAAGGGUCAAACCCAAGUCCACCGCCCAGGUCCUCGGCCAGCUCCAGCAGCGCCGGUUGCUGCCGGUCCUCUCGCCUUCAGGCGGCAACGCGUCAGACUCCGGAGGCCCGGCUGGCGGCAGGGGGACGCGGGAGAGAGACAGCUGGACGUCCCGGGAUCCCCGCUUCGAGGGAGGCGCGGGGCAUGCUGGGGGACGGGCCUCAGGGGACUCCACAGAGCUCGACCCCAAGACGAAGCCAUUCGAUCCUGAAGCUGAGGAAGUAGUCGGAAGUGGACCACACACGAGACGCAAAACAGAUGGGGAAGACAGACAAGGCAGAGGCGAGUCGGGAGGGGAUGGCGGCAGGAGAGAGACCGACAUGCCGCCUCUCCCUGUUGAUGGGGGGACAACGCCACGAUCUGCGACUGAAGCAAAAGCAGGGGAGGUGGGGCAAAACUGCCACCAAGGGGACACCGGACAGCAGGUGCAGGCUGUGAGCCGCCGAGACUCGGAUGAAGGCGUGACUACGGGCCCUUCCGGGACGCCAGGGAGCGACGCUGCCCCACAAGCUGGCUCGCAUGCAGAGACGCUCUCGGUCAACGAAGCUUCGGCGAGGACACGCGUAGGAAGGUCUUUGCAGGGAGAUGCCACGCCAACGGGAGAUCUCUCCAGCGGCGCGAAUUCAGUCCGUUCCUCUGGACUCAGUGAGCCGAGCUCGGGGGCAGUGUCCAACCGCAGUGGAGCCCAGCACCUGGCUCCAGGGGUUCCGGCGAGCCAGUCGACUCCGGGUCAGGGUGCGACUCAGAAAGAUUCGGCAGGGCUCGAGCGAGUCGGGGGGGGGGAGGAACCGCAGCGCGCCCUUUUCUCUUCGUCGUCAAGCGCAGACCUUGCGGUUCAGUUCCGCGUCUACGGGCGAGGAUUGUCAGACAGCGGUGGACGGGACGAACGGUCUCCGAAGGGGGACGACGCCUUCAAAAGCGAGGCAGGGGCGAGCCCCCCGCGGGAGGCCUUGCCCACAGGAGACCCUGGAGUUCGUGAGGAGACGCGUGGCUCUGCCGCAGCUCCUGAAAGGGGCGAGAAGUCCCCGAGUACGCGGAUGCGGCCGCAGCCUCUACGCGAAUCUGAAGUGGCGCCGACCGCAGGUUCAGCGGCCUCUCCACACUAUCGCUCCUCUCGAGCCCUGUCCGUUCUCCAGAUGGGGAGCCUCCAAGCCGCAGUUCCCAGUCUGUCUGUGAGCUUAGGGCAGUGUGUCGAGCUGCGACUCCACAUCCACUCCAGUUUAGUCGGGUCUGUUGAGGCCGACGCCGUUGUGCUGCGUCUCUCCCAGCUGCCAUGCGCCGAGUUCGCCUCCGGCGCCGGAGGCAGUCUGGGGAAGAGCGCCCCUGGAUCUGUCGCCGGGUCGCCCUCUGGAGGUGGGGGCCUGUUUGGCGGGGUGCCUUCGCGCCCGCACCUCGACGAGACACAUCGUCCCGCGCCGACCUCGGUCUGGCUCGUUGUGGGGUCCUCGCCCAGCGACGAACGGACAGCGUUCGGCUCCGGAGACGACGCGCCACACAGGCCAUGGGAAGAGGACGAUCAAGGGGCAGAAAGCUACUCGAAAGAAGCAGCGAGGAAGGCGAAGUUGACCCUGCGACCUGGGAUGAACUCGCUGUCGCUCUUCUGGAGCAGUCGAUCUCAGGGAGUCUUCGUGUUGGAGCAAGUGUGCGUGGUUGUCGGGGCCGUCGUUCUCGUCCAGUGGGCCGGCGAGCUGCCGGCUCCUGGCAUGCUCGAUGAGGUUCGCCAGGCCAUGCAAGACAUUCUUCUGGUCUCUCUCGAGCCUAGCGGGGAUCCACGACGUGACCGGGACGAUUCGGACGACGAGACAGGAGGGACCCUGAGAAAGCGUGGUGCGAUGCUGUCGUCUUUUUCGUUUUUAUCUGGAAGUAUAAGCACCCGUGGAAACACCAAACUGCACAGAAUCGCGCCCGCAGCGAUCAGUGGAGUGAAAGCAGCGCUCCGCGACGCAGCCGCCGAAAGCGUUUCAGACGAGCAAGGAGAGCAACUGGAGAAGGACGCCAGCGAAGGUGCUCAGCGCCGCACCGGCGAAGCCGUUAUUGCGUCGACUACGGUGGAAGGAGACACAGCCGCGGGAGCAACAUGGCGUCAUCGACGCGUCUCCCAGAGAUUCUCUAAUCCGUUUUUCGCCUUUGCUGACUGGGGCAACGCGUCAGCCGCUCUCGCGUUUGAAGACCGGAUGGCCCCGCAGACUCCUGCCUGCCUCCUUCCUGGAUACACGCCGUUUGCAGCGACUCUCAUUCACUCGGAGGCCCCGCUGGAACGCAUGUUGCGGCCGCUGAGCUUCGAGUUUCGACCUCCGGCGACGGCUGUUCGACUCGACAUUCAGCCUGCCGGCCCCAACACUUCGUUUCUUUUUCUGAAUGCGAAGAACUACGUCAAAAUCCGAGUGGACGUCCUUCCAGGUCUCCUGGUUUUCCCCCAGCCAGCGCGGCUGCGCGUGCUCCAGUGUCUCCUUUCUGCCACAUGCGCGGGGUCCCUUCUGGCCGAGGAGGAGGACUUGGAGGACGAAGACCUUGCGUCGGACGCCCCAGGGACGCUGUCUGGCACGGCUGGCUCUGGCCGCCUUGGGCUUCAAACUCGGGCGUCAGGCCCGUGCACACAGGGGGCCCUGGCAGAGGGCUCUGAAGCAGCUACGGGGACAGCACGAGACUCAUGGGAGGGUCCUCUAGGAGGAGGCGAAGGCGAGGACGGCGCCCGCGACGGUGAGCCCAAGGGUACCUGGUCGUGGGCUGCCUCCGGUCGUGCGCCGUCCACGAUCGCCUUGGGCUCCAACAGCAUGGCGACCCAUCUCGAUGACAGCAGCCUGCGGAAACCGGACCAGAACUCGAAACGCUGGCCGACAAGAGGAAGUGCCGUCUCUUUUCAGAAAGGCCUCUUGUCUCCAUCGCUGUCUGGCUCCGGCGAGGAGGGCGGACUCCUCUGGAGAGAAGGCUCUACGUUUGGUGCUGGCAGAGGGGGGACUGCGGAUUGGAUAACCCCGCGGUCGAUGGCAACCGGAUCCUGGGAGGGCGACGAGCAACUCUUCGAAGGGUCUGCAGUGCAACUAAAUUUUUGCUGGGAGGAGGCGAUGGCCACCGCUGUUGACGAUGUGCCGACGCACAUCCAGCUCCAAGGAGGCCAAGGCCAGGACGCGCCAGUAGUCGGAAAGAGGCGCGAGAAAUGGGACAGCGAGGCAAAGAAUCCGGAAGGGCGACAAGGGGGGGGUUGCCCCCGGUGGCAAACAGGUGGAAAUCGCGAUGACGAUGCUUCGAGUGGCGCAGGAGAAAGCGGCGAGGGCCCUCCUGUUCUCGAGCAGUUCGACUUCAUCCGGAUCCGCGCACCUGCCGACCAAGAUGCAGAUGUGCUUGCUAUUGUCCCUCGGAGGAGACCCUUGCCCAGGGCGCGUGGAACUGGAGCCCGUGACCCCGCCCCGAGAGACUCUGCCACGUCCAGUCGCAUCUCCGAGGAGGACUCCUUUUCAAGCGAAGAUGGAAGCUUUGAAGGGACGCCCAAGCCCCUGCCAUUGGAAUCAGGCUCGGCUUUCGCUUCUUCUCAAGGCUGGUUGGAUUUGCCACGAUUCUCCCGGAGCGUCGACGUCCUAGUCCCUGUGGUCCCCGUCCAUGCGAUGAGCGUGAGGACACCCACCAGCUUCGACAGGGCGAGCAGGGUCGCUCCGUCGUUCAGCAUGAUGGGCCAGGGCGAGGAUGUUGCAGACGAAACUGGGAGACAGAGACCCGAUGCGGCUUCGUGGCUUGGCGAAGGCCAGCACAGCGAGGAGCCACAGGAAGGUGUCACCGUAUCUGCCACCGCACUCGCGCCUCCGGGAGAUUCAGCCGAAUCGCAGGCGUCGGGCGCAGCGACCGCGCACGGUGGCGCGCCGUCUCCCGAUCGCGCAGGGGCAUUAGAGACAGAUCAGGAGGCCGGCGGCAGCUUUUCGAGGCUCGCAUCUUCAUCUGGUGCAUCAUUUCGCGACGUCCUGCAGCCUGUGAAGUCGCGCGGUUCGCGAACGUACGGCAAGCAACGCUCGUCUCUGUUUCGUUGGCGCUCUGGGUCUGCCGUGUCAUGGCAAGACAACGCGAGGCACGGAAAGCGCGAGUCGCUCGAGGACAGAGACACUCGCCUGGCGCUGUACCCUUCGCAUUCAGGGACUGUCCGCUAUGGCUCCGCGUCUUGGGGAGUCGUCAGGCGAGAUGACGCAGAUCCAUUUCCGGGGAGCACAGAGAAAGAAGGCAGUUCGCUGGCGGUGACUGAGGAGACAGCGCAUGUCGUUGCGUCGCUGCAGUUCUACACAAGUACGGGGGUUGAUGUUCGUGACCGCACACUGCGCCGGGCGCGCCGACGACAAAAGGUGAAGCAGGCGAAGGCUGUGGCUGAACGCGGACGGGCGGGGACAACGCAGGACGAUACAAGGGGGCCGCAGAGCGAGGGCUCAAGAGAAAACCUGGAACGCGUACCUUCUGGGUUGGACUCUGAUGACUCGGUUCCCAAUUCGCUCUUGGGGUAUUUCGUCCCUUCGAUCUACUGUAGAGACGACGAGAAUGGUUUGUGCCUGUCUCCUAGUCGCUCUGGCAUGCGCGUUUCUGGCCUUCGCCCCGCGGGGUUUCCUGCCUACAUGGACUGCUCUCCCUCUGCGGUCGACAGGGGCGGCGCGAAGCGACAGGGGAAUUCGACAGGAUACGAGAGCGGCCGAUCAAGUGACAUGGGCAUCUUGGCUCGUCCUUUGUCGCGUUUUGACCGAAGCAUCUCUGUGACUGAGGGGGGCAUAGAAGGAAGGCGAGACCUUCUUGCAGGCGAAGGCUUGGAAGAGCAAUUCGACAGCAUCACUUACUCCAUGUCCAGUACAAAUGUUUAUCGUGAAAGAAAGGAGAAGUCUCGCCAUCCGUUGAAAUCGAAGACGGCGAAACGAGUGCCGCAGACAGCCGGCGAAACCCCUCUGGGAGACACUCGCGUCGCGUCUCCUUCAGAGAAGAAAGAAAGAAAGGACGACUCUCUCGAUGAAAAGGGAAGGUAUCGCGGCGUCUUCUCACCGUGUCUCUUCUCGACCGAGGAAGGCGAAGAGGACACCUCGAGCACAAGUGAAGAAGAUGCGGAGCCGUUCACGAGCGAUCCACAGCCUCUCACGAUUCUCAGAGUGCAGACAUCUCGUGUCCAUCGCCUCCAAGUUCGGCAAGCUCUUACGCACUUUUGCCGGACGCUGCAUGCGUCAGGAGGCACUGUUCUUAAUCAGAUUUUCGUGCAGAGUUGCUCACCGACCGAGCCGAUGGUUCUAGACUACGCGUCGAUCUCGCCUGUCUCCGCAUGGGAGAACGACAGAGAAGAGCGAAGCGUCGAAACGACUCUGUCUGAAGAGGCACACAGACGGAGGCAAAGUCGACGGCUCGACGGUAUCCGCGUCAGUCUGAUUGUGCCGUCGCCGUUGUGCCCGGGCUUCCCUUCGCAGCUCCACUGUCAAGACUCAGAUUCGGUCCAGUUGAAAACACUCCUGUGGGGCAGCCAAGUCACGACGCUUCUGGUGCGUCUUCAGCACCCUCGCCAGGACGAUGGUCUCGACGACUCCUUCGGUUCGCGUCCACAACAUCUCAGUUCAACUGGCUUUUCUGCUCCGCCGUCUUCUGUCCCUCAGUUGUUGUCUGCUGACGAAGCAGACCCGAGUCGCGCGCAAAGCAGCGGCUCCCACCUUCCUGGGCCUCUCUCGUCUGAAAGUAAAGACGAGCGACGACGACAGGGAACGGAGCAGUAUCGAGCCCAGCGAGCGGAAGGACCCUCCUGGAGAGGAGAAGAGAGAGAGACAGGCGCGUUCAGCGAGACAAGAAGACACGAACAGAGACUGGUAACCCUCCACGAACAGGAGGAACGCUGGGCGGGACAAGGGGAGCGGGAGACGAGUUCUUCCUGGCAAGACGAGGAACCCGCAGUGUCCCUAACGCCGCGUUUCGAGCCCUAUCUGCUGUCUCUCUAUUAUCACUUCCUCCAUCCUCAUUGCCCAGACAUAUCGGCUGAGGACAGUCCCCACCCGGAUGACGCUCCCGCCUUCUCUGCCUCUGCACUUGGGAACUUGGGUGGCCCUGCCUCAAAGCCGCCGCCUCUAGCUUUACCGUCGCCAUGGUCGGAGACAACCUCGCGUCUCGACGAGAACAACACAACUCUGCGGCCCAGAAACACAGACUCGCAACCACUCGUUUAUCACAUUCCUCUUAUGCUUCCAGUGCAAAAGGCCCCCGUCGAGGUCACAGUCCUCGCGCCCCGCACCGGCCGAGUAUCGACGCCUCUGUUUGUCUCUCUGGUCUUCACCAAUUGCUCGGAUAUCCGACUUGACGUGCGUCACUCCGUGUCCCUGGAGUUUGACGGGGCGUACUCCCAGCGCCGGCAGCCUUUUGCAGGCGACCCAAAUAGCUCCUCCCUUUCCUCUGCCUUCUCUUCCUCUCGCUCGGGGCUAUUUGCCGACGACAGCCAUUCUUCGCAUUUCCCCAGUGGUCAACGAAGUGUAGGAAGCGGCUCGAAAGGCGAGCGUGGAGAGAAGAGUGAAGUCCUCACCAAAGCCAACACUAGCGGAUUACCCGACGGAGACAGACGACGAGGGACGACUGGGGUGUCACAAACGGAAGGCCCCGGGGCUUCUCCGCGUCUCGGCGAAUGCCACGACUGGCUCAUGGUUGGCUCCAAGUCUCGCACCACCGUUCUUCCUGCUCGGAGCCAAACACAAGUUCGAUUUCAGUUGAUCCCACUCCGUGCAGGGUCUCUCUUUCUUCCUGUCGUCCGAGUGUAUGUCCGCCCAACCGAAGCGCUACGCUCUUCAGGGAGUCUGGGUGGCCAGGCGAUGAGCCGCCGCUGUUCUCGAAAUUCGCUGCAUACUGAUAAUAUGCCAGGCGACCCGAGCGCAUUACCACAACUCAGACGAAGUGAUACACCUGGAUCUCCCAAGACGAAGCAAGCUAGCGAGAUGUCCUCCUCUGCUUCCUGUCACUUUUCUGGAACUGAAGAAAGCGCCGGCUUCAGGAAGUUCCUAACAAGUGCAGAUGGAGGUGAAAGCUACAACGGUGGCUGGGUCACGAUGCCUGCAGGGGACUCGGUGACGGCAGGCAGAGAAGUGUUGGUACUGCCGAAGGUUCAUUCGAAGCCAGAUUUAAGACUCCUUCCAUAA